CGGACCAUUUCCCGGUGAGGGCAUGAAGAGCUGGUUGAGAGGAGGCAAGAGAGUAAGGCUGUUACAUCUCAUACAGGGUAACACAGGUGAGGUACUGCAGGAGAACAGAGUGCACUGUAGCCCCAGUAGCAAUGGAGGACAGUGACCGUGAGGCUCACUCAUCAUCAGAUGACCAGGACUCCGCCCCGCCAUCCCCUGGCCACACCAGGGACCACCACCAUCAGACCGAACAGCACUCAAGCCAUUCCAAGGACGACUCUGAAGACUCUGAGUUGGAGAACAUUAUGCAACAAGACCCCCACCACAACGGGGGCCAUCCACACCCCCACCUGCCUCUUCCCAGCUAUGAGCACAGCCCCGACCAUGAGCACCCCCACCCGGUGGACAGGGAGGCGGAGGGUGGCGACAGCCCCCCGAACACCCCCGGGACGCCCACCUCUGGGACCCCACCGUUUUUGCGCCCCCCCACGGCAGGUGGCAGGGCCCAGUCAGACAACCAGUGCGUAGGGAGGCUGCAGCUGGGUGGAGGUGGGAUGGUGGAUCACUAUGAUAUGCAGUCUCCCCUCAGUCCCACCAGGCCCAAGAGCCCCUGGGGCCGCUUUGAUCCCUACGACUUUCCAGAGGACCAAGACAAGGAAUAUGUGGGAUUUGCCACACUGCCAAACCAGGUGCACCGUAAGUCUGUCAAGAAGGGCUUUGACUUCACCCUGAUGGUAGCAGGGGAGUCUGGUCUGGGCAAGUCCACCCUGGUCAACAGCCUCUUCCUCACAGACCUCUACAAGGACAGGAAGCUACUCAACGCUGAGGAGCGGAUCACUCAGACAGUGGAGAUCACUAAACACACAGUGGACAUUGAGGAGAAGGGGGUCAAGCUGAAGCUCACCAUCGUAGACACCCCUGGCUUUGGAGACGCUGUCAAUAACACUGAAUGCUGGAAGUCAGUGGCGGACUACAUCGACCAGCAGUUUGAGCAGUACUUCAGGGACGAGAGUGGACUGAACAGGAAGAACAUCCAGGAUAACAGAGUCCACUGCUGCCUCUACUUCAUCUCUCCCUUUGGACACGGUCUGAGACCUCUGGAUGUGGAGUUUAUGAAGGCCCUUCAUGAGAAGGUCAACAUUGUGCCCAUCCUGGCCAAGGCAGAUACACUCACACCCACCGAGGUCAAGAAAAAGAAAUUCAAGAUCCGAGAGGAGAUCCAGCAGUAUGGGAUUAAGAUCUACCAGUUCCCAGACUGUGACUCUGAUGAGGAUGAGGACUUCAAACAGCAGGAUCAGGAGCUCAAGGACAGUAUACCAUUUGCGGUGAUCGGCAGCAACACGGUGGUGGAGGCCAAAGGGAAGAGGGUCCGGGGUCGUCUCUACCCCUGGGGCAUCGUGGAAGUGGAGAACUCGGCACACUGUGACUUUGUGAAGCUGAGGAACAUGUUGGUGAGGACACACAUGCAGGACCUGAAGGAUGUGACACGGGAGACCCACUAUGAGAACUACAGGGCUCACUGCAUCCAGAGCAUGACCCGCAUGGUGGUGAAAGAACGCAACCGCAAUAAACUGACCAGGGAGAGCGGCACAGACUUCCCCAUCCCUGUGAUACCAAGUACCACAGACACCGAGACGGAGAAGCUGAUCCGAGAGAAAGAUGAAGAGUUGCGGCGAAUGCAAGAGAUGCUCACAAAGAUCCAGGAACAGAUGCACACGCAGAAGGAGGCCUAUUAACCCAGGCUACUACUAGAACCCCUGCCCCUCUGUAAAUGCAGGCCCCCUCUUUCCACUACUAGGGUGAGCACCCCUAGUACCACUACUCUAGUCCACACACAUUGUCAACUCCAGCUCAUCCAACCCCAACAGCCACCACUCCUCAUUUAGUCAAUAACCCUCAAUAAUCCACGACCAGGCAUGAGGUAUUCACAGACAGGAGGUGGCAUGGAGAGAAUUUGCAUUCUCUUCCAACAACAUGGAAGUCCUGUGUCUCCACACCUGUUGUGGAAACUCUAACAGUAACAACGGGCACUCCUUUUCGAGUGCCAUUGCUGGAGCACAACACCGGGCUGGACAGCACCGACCUAACCACCUGCUUGUCCUUAAAGGGUUACGGCCGGGUCCUGCCUGCCCUCUUUCCACUCAUAGUUUACCUGUGGUCUUCUCAAGAUAACUUUUUGCCUUCCAGUUUGCUAACACUUCAAUGUUCAUUGGAUGUUUCUCCUUAGUGAACUCUAACAUUGGUUAAGGGGUAGACUGUGUUGUCCUGUCCCUCUGCUAGGUGUUUGAAAGUCUAUCUCAUAACAAAUGUAGUUGUGUGGUCUUAACCACCCUAGACAAGGUCUGUUGGGAAGGAGGUUGGCCUGCCCAAAAACAUUUUGUCAUGCACAAUUUUUUCCCAAGAGCAUUUUUCUUGAAGGUCAAUACUAUAGAUGGUCAUACAGAUAAAAUGUGAUACUUUUUUUUACUACAAUGUUACAUUUGUAAAUGUUUUUGUUACGGGGUUGCAUCUAUCACUUAUUAUUGCUUUUAUUUGCAUUGCUGCACAGAAUAGCAUGGAAUGAGUCAUUUUUUCACCAUUUUUAUUUUUAAUUUCAACAAAUGUUACUGAAGUACUGUUGGGUGUUUUUGACAUGUUAAUAGGGCUAACUAAUGUCCUUCACUCUCCCAAUUCCAGCAUGCUCAACCAUGGGUUGUUCAUUCUUGUAUUUUACUUAAAGGAAACCCACUACAUACAGUUCUGAGAGUUUGCUGGAAUAUUGUUGACUGGCAGGUUCGUCCUCAGGUCGUAGUAAAACCUUUUGCAGUGAAAAUGAGUGUUGGACCUGGAUACAACCCGAUUAUAGACGUUGCGACUUUUAAAGGUGAUUUCAGAUUAAGCUGAUAUGCAGCGUUUACGUGAUGGGAUCUCUGGGAUCGCAGAGAACAUUGCCUUUUAAAAGCCGCAGUGCAAAACCUGCGAUCUGACUAAAUCCUGGCUCAAAUGGACAAGUUCCAGCAUUAACUCCACAUUUAAUGUUUUUUAAUAUUUUUUUUCACUGAACAUGACCCAAGAGGAGAAAAUAGAAGCCUUGAGCUAACUAUGUGCCAGCCAAGAGAUGCUGGCCUGGGGACCAAGCAGACAGGACAAGGCCCUUAUUCUGCCAGAGGUCAGGGGGCUAGAGAAUGACAGGGUCCCUUCAGUAAGGUUGUUUGUGGGUAUAGUGUCUGUUAUAGAGGUGCCUGAUGUAGCAGGCCUUCAUUCAUGGGUGAUAUUUUUCUUGAUUAUGUUUGUGGACAGUAAGUAUGCACCCUCUAUUUUGAAGUACAUUAAGUAGAUAUAUAUGAGUGGAUGAUUUUAUUAUAGUAGAGAAAUUAUAAUUACUUAUCAUUUAGGUGUUUCCUCCCAACAAUUUUGACUUUAAAACACUUUUUUCAUGAAGAUGAAUAGUUGUGCAUAUGUAUUUAUUUUCCUCAGGUGCAAAUGUCAGUUCAUUCACAAGGAACAAGUCAUGAGACAAAAAUAUACAUUUGUUUGGAUUAUUAGUGUCAUGAGUGCCAGAAAAAUUGAUUUGAAAUAAUCAGAAUAAAAUAUUUUUAUUUCACA